AAAUGGUCUGCUAUAUGUAACACACUGUGAUGAUUGCCAUACUAUGACCUAUUUUCUUGAUUUUUGAAAUAACGUGAAUGACGAAUACUACUUUUUAGUCUUGAGACCAUAACGUAUAUAAAGACUGGCUGCUACAACUUCACUACAGUACAGCUCAUUAAAAUUGGAUAUAUCUGCUGAAACUAGCUCUAAUAAUAGUUAUUAUAAACUAAAAGUAUAAAAAUAAAGUUAUAGUCACUAUAAUUUACUAUACUACUAUGACUAUAGACUAUAGUUAUAGUCUAUAGUAUCUAAGCAUAGUAUAGUAUGUAUAUAAUUAUUAUAUAGUAUUGUGAUAUUGUGUAUCCACCGUUGACAAGACUAUCUGUCGUUACCUCAAACUGAGUAAAACUUAAAACAGUCUACAAUUCAGUGAUUCAGUCCUCUUGAAUCUUGAUUGAUAUUAUUUAUUAAAUUUUAAUUAAUGUUAAUGGCGACAAUGGAUGUUGAUAGUAAUGAUAGUGUUGAUAAUGUUUUCGAUCCAUUACUUUAUCCUAUUCCUUUUGAUGAACAAAAUGUCAUAAUUCCUGAUGAUGAAGAUACAGCAUUUCAAGCAUUACGGUUCAAUGAUCUUGCAACCUUUGAUCGACGGCUCCAUGAAGGUUUCAAUAUUAACAACAAACACCCUGGUAAGUUGGUUGCAAUAAAAUAAAAGCAAGUUUGCGAUAUUAAUAUGCAUAAUACUUAUAAUACUUAUUAAAUUACUUAUUAUGAAUGCUAAAUUAAAGUAUCAUUGGUCUUAUACUCAUUGGCGGAUUGGAUGUGCCAUAUUGAAUAAUAUAGACUUAGUGUGAAUAAUACAUUCAACUAUAUAAUGUUAAGUAAGAGAGUGUGAAUAAUACAUUCAACUUUAUAAUGUUAAGUAAGAGAUUGUAACUACUAUUUAUAAUUAAUGAGAAUGUAGGCCUAUCAUUGGAUAUUACUCUCUAACUAACUAACUUACAUAUUCUGAAGUGGGCUUGGCUUUCAGUUGGCACUUUUGACAGGCCAGGCUUGUACUGUGGCAACAUGCUCUGUUGGGCUGUGCCAUAUAACAUCUUUUGAACAAAGGACUCUCCCACCGCCCUGGCCUUCCCAAUGUCAAGCACUGUUACCUUAUCUCUGAUUUUUUUUUCUAUCUUACCCACACCAUCAAUGAUGGCGAUAACCUAGAUGGUGCUUUGUGGUUCCUUAUUCAAGAUCUGAAUAUCAGAUCUUGAAUAUAAGAUCUGAAUAUCAGAUCUUGAAUUGGAGAAAAUGACCAGGUCGAGUCCCACAAGUUUCAACUUUUGCAGCGUACUUUGCACACUUUCUAGUGCCCUGUGUAUAGCCUUAAGCCUCACAUUGAAAAUAAACUCUGAACGCAAUGCCCUUUAUAAAAAAAUGUGGUAAUGUGGAUCAGCAGUGAGCUAUAACUGGAGAGUUCAUGGAUGAGAUUGACAGGUAUGCAAUUUAGGUACAUACGACGGUGAGAGUAGAGAAAUGGACUAAUGGGUUUAAGGGAGAUGCCUUUGAGUUAGAAUGGGCAAGAAUAAAUGGCAAGGGGUUAGAUUGGCAUUGGACAAAUUUUACAUGAACAAUGACUUAGAUUUAUGCUUCUCAAAUUAUUCCUUGUAUAGUAUAAAACAAAUGAAUAAAUUAUACAUAUAAAAUGGCCCCUUGAAAUGAAAUAUUUGCCAGAGCUCAGAGCAGUCCCCCAAAAUCAUAACUCAGGCUUUGCUCCAUGUUUAUAUAAGUUCAAAAGAUGUUCAAUGACCAUAACUUGGUUUACAACUGAAAGGUUGGUUUACAAACCUGUCAAUGUGUAUGGAAUCUUUAACUGACAGUUUCAUUAGCGCAGAUUUGUCUCAUAGUUACAAAUCAUUGAAAGGAUCUUUUAUAAUUUGCACAAUCAAAGCUCACUGUAAACAUUAACAUAAAUAACAAAGAAACCUGAACAUAAAUAAUUAUAACAUUUAAAAAAAAUUAGGGUUGCUUACUAUCAAAUUCCAAGAUUUCUUUGUGUUUUAACCUAUUUAUUUGCAACAACAAGAUUUAAAAACCCCAUGUGAUUGAACAUUAACAUGUAAAAUUAUUUAAACUCUAGAACCCAAAGGUGGAAAGAUUUACACUGUCCAAUGUCAAGGCAGAAUGAUGAGAUCACUGAGAUUAAAAGAGUACACAAUCUUACAUGUAGCAGUUAUUCAUGGAACAAUCAAGGUACACUUACAGAAGAUCUUACAAGAUUCAUAUUUCAAUUUCUCCAAUGCUAAAAUUUAGUCUUCUUCAAUAACUAAAAGCAUUUUCAGAUUUUAAGGCCAAUACGCAAUGCCCUUUAUAAAAAAAUAACAAAAGUAUUCUUCCUUUGUAAUCAGUAUAGUAGAUUGUAUGUUUCUCCAUCAGUAUAAGAAAAUAUCAUUUGUUUUUUAAAUGUGAUGCUUGGAAAAGUCUAUUGUUUGUUUAAAAAUGUUUAAGAUUUGCAAGAUAAAGAUUUUCUUUCUUUAUCAUUACAUGAUUUGUCUUGGCCUAAGGCAAACUUUUGUUGACUAUGUAAGUAGUGCAAAGUAAACUGCAUUUUUGAAUAUUUUGCUUAUUUUAUUAUAUUGCAGACAAUAGAAGCAGUUUUGUCUUACGGGUCAGAUGUGAAUGCAUUGGAUGCCAACAAAUUUUCUCCCAUUUCAACAGCUGUGGCAGUAAAUCGCCCAGAUGUUGUCAGGCUUCUUGUGGAUAGAGGUACACUAAAAAGAUACAAUUAGCAAGUGCUUCCCAAACUAUGUGUUACGACACAGUAGUGUGAUACCUUCAUAAUGAAGUUUCGUCACUUGACAGAAAUAAAAAACAUAUAAAUCUUGGAAUAGUAUCAAAUUUUAAAAAAAAAAUCUUAUAUUUAAAAUAAAACAUAAAUGAAAGGUUUUGAUGAGGUAUAUUGUGGCGCCAUACAUUUUAUCAUAAGAAUACUACUAAUUGUUUGUUUCCAUUUGGGUGAUUUGAAAUUGGUUAGUUUAGCCUCGAGUAUAUAAGUAUAAGGGAAUUACUUUGUUUUGAAAUCAUGAAUGUGUCAAAAGUUAUGUCACAAACAUAAUAAGUUUAGAAAGCACUUGAUUAAGCUAAUCAGAAAUUUAAAUAUAUAUAUCUAUAAAAAACUUAACUGCAUUGAUGAAUAUUACAGAACUUCUUAUGAAUGAUGAAAGAACAAAAUUCUCAUGGGGCAACAGAAUUUUUUUUUUAAUUGUCAAAUGAAUAAUAAUUUUAAGAUUGAAUAUACUGAACGUAAAUCUGGUUACAGAUAGCUCACAGUAUUUCUAAAAUUUGUAAUUGAUGAAAAGCAUGGCACUUUACAUUAAGUUUUAUUUAGUUAUUCAUUCAUUGCCAUCAUUAAUUAGGAGCCGAUGUUAACAUACAGAGUGCAAGUGGGCGAACACCUAUUAUCAUUGCAAUAGAAAAUGCCAGCUUGACAAUGGUGCAAGACUUGCUUGAUGCCGGUGCCGAUCCCAACUUACCUGACUCACAAGGCACAACACCUUUAUUCAUGUGCUUCAAGUCAAAACACAGCCAUAACUUGGAUGUUGUUAGGGCUUUGAUUCAAGGUAAUUCAGUGAUGUUAUUGCAUGCAUGUAUGAGGGUCAAAGUAUUUUCUAAACAUAACUUUGUCUAUGCUUCUUUAUACAGUACUGUUAAAUUUUAUAUAAAAAAUAGAUAUAGUUAAUUAGUUUUUUUUAUCUUAUUACUUCUCUCUUAAUACAUAGUGUUUAUAAUGAUAAUUAUAUUUUAAUGUUCAGCUGCUAUUGAAUAGAUUAUCAGGACAUGAAAAAAAAAUUUGACAUAAUGAUCCUGCUUGGAAUUAUUUUUAAAUACGCGUUUUUCAUGAAAACUUAUUAGUGUAACUUAAGUUUUAACUUGUAAAACUAUGCAUUACAUUUUUUUCUUUGCUUUUGCCAUAUCUAAAAACAAAAAGUCUUAUUUAAUUGUAUGGCUGCUUAAAAAAUGUGUAUUUUUUAUUUAUUGAUUUUAUUUUGCUACAAACUUUUUAAGGUGGCUCUAAAAUUAAUAUGGCAAACAAACAAGGUGCAACACCUUUGAUGAUGGCUGCUGCUGCAGGAGAGAUAGCAGCAGCACAAGUUUUAUUAGAGCUUGGGGCAGACAUUAACAUUGUAGGUCAUGAGUUCUGUUGUAUAUCAGGAAAGCCUAUCCCUAGUUUCUUUUCGUCAUGAUUUUACAAUUUAUAUAGAUAUUAGUAAAGGUAGAAUUUUCCCAACUUUAUUAAAGAGUUAUUGUUUCUCUCUCUCUUGUCAAAUAUUAAUAAAGGUAGAAUUUUCCCAACUUUAUUAAAGAGUUAUUGUUUCUCUCUCUCUUGUCAACAAGUAAGCGAUCAAAUUUCUGAUUCUUCAGUUUAGUUUAAGGCAGAGAGAGCUGCUUAAAGUUUUCUGGGGCAUGAAAAGACUGAUGCCUAUGUCUUCCAAUCCCUUUAUGUUCAGAGCUUGGCAUAAUAAAUUUGAAUGAAAUAAAAAAAAAACUUAUUUUUUAAAUGCCUGGUAACUUUGGUAUUAGAUGCCUGUAAUAAUAUAAUAAUUUAGAUAAUGUUCUUAUUUAGAAAAAUACAAUAUAACAGUUAUCAAUAAAGAAAAAUGCAAUGUUAAAAUUAAAUUUCAGGGGGAAAAAAGAUGUUCGAUAUUUUGUACAGAAAUCUAUUUAAAAUUUUGAUGUAUUUUAAAGAUUAAAUAUGUAUUACAAUAGAUGUGCCCUAUAAUUAUCUUCAAUUACUGUUUGAAAAUUUAGAUGGAUUCUUCAGGAAAAAAUGCAUUCCAUAUGUGUUCUGGUGUAAAGAUGGCCCUCUAUCUUUUCAAUAAUGGAGCAACAACUGACUACCCAGAUAAGCAUGGUAUGUUCCUGUCUGAAAAAAAAGCAAAGUUACAGUCCAAUGAUUGUGAAUUUCAAUUCUUUUUUUUUUCCAAUUUAUGUUUCAAUGAACCUAUUAAAAAUCCAGUUGUAUUUCAAAUACCAUAGUCAAGGAAAAGACAAAUAAUCAAAUUUAGCAUGGAUGUUAUCAAGUGAAAUUGCUCCUGGUUAAUCCUUUCUUUUCAUUGUUCCUCUAAAUGUCAUUUUAGUUGUUUAUACUAUUUGCAGUAAUUAUUUGAAAGGAUAUUUUUUCUUAAAUUCUUUAUCAGAAUUUUGAAACUGUAUUAAUUAAAAUAUAUAUAUAUUAGUCUUUAAUUUGAUACCAUUAAAGUGAAAUAUUUUGUUAAGGAAAAAUGACCAUUUCAUGAAGCAACAGCAUGUAGAGAUGAUCCUAAUGACACUCAUGUUUUCCAUUUACUGGAACUUAACGUUAUUUUGAUAUAUUCAUAAUCAAUUACCUCUUGGGUUUGGUGUGAUCACAAGUGUUGGUAAAUUGACUACUUAAGUGAUUUAGAAUUUUCUUUACUUUUUCCUGUGAUACCCCGAUGAAUGCUUUAGAUCUUAAUGUGCUGUGAAAUUUCAGGUCAGAGGCCUAUUGAUGCAGCCGUCAAAGUUGGUCACUAUGGCAGGAUACGUCUGCUUCUUGGUUCAGACAGCCGCAGGUCAGUUGCCAUUUUGGAGGAUCCAACAAUCAUGGAAGCCAGAAAAAACCUACCAAUAUUUGACCAGUGGCUACUUGAGGAACUGUAUGAGCCCAGGGAAUUAAAACGCUUGUGCAGACAAGUCAUCAGGGAGUGCCUGAGCCCAUUCAACACUGUUAAGAUAUGUGAACUUCCCAUACCGGGUUUACUCAAGGACUAUUUGUUGGCCAAACACAUUGAUUUGUCCUAUGAUAAUCUCAUAUGUGACAGGGAAGUCUUACGUGCUCGUUUAGCUGCAAGUGCCAAUCUAUUAAAUAAAUCAUAAUGUUACAGUUUUAUGUUGUAAAAUAUUCUCCGGAACGUAAAUAAUUAUGGAAGUGCCUUAGGUUUUGUAGAAAGUGUAAAUUCAAAAAUAUAUCUUGGAUUUUUGUCCUUUAGAAAUGCUGAUGGAAGAUAUCUUCUCUUUUUCUAUGGUUAAAUAAAAAUAACACUAUUUAAUUAAUAUUUAUCUGAACAAGAUACUCUUAAUAUUUCCAUAAGCAACAUUGUUGAGUAAGUAUGAUUUAGGGAAGUUUUGUCCUUUUUUUGCCUGAAUGCAUACUAUUUAAUUUGUCUUUAAACAACGAGCAAGAUUUUGAUUUCCUUAAAAUUUCUAAAAAAGCAUUUUAAUCAACAGAGUCUUUGAAUUAUUAUUUUAUGCACUUUUACAAAUAAUUCCCUCUAACUUUCAGAAGAUAGUUGAAACAUUUAUCAAAUUUAAAACUACAGGGGUUUGUCUUGACCCAGUCUUAUUAGACAACCUUUCAAAAUCUCUCUAAAACCAUCCAUCGCUUACUGAGAUAGGUAAAGACAAUCAGAGCCACCCUAGCAUGUAGCACAAUGAAAUGGAAAUGUCUGUCUCAAUUAAGUUCUAUUAUUCAAACUCAGCAGCACUAUUUCAAUCUUGAAAGGAAAAAAAAAGAACUCUUGAUAUUAUAUAUUGACGUAAUUAACAUAUAACUUUUUGUGACUUGCUAUUACUGAGACAAGUAACUUUAACCAGAUGUCAAAACGUCUGAUGUGUAUCCACACAUAUCUUGUGUAUCCACACAUAUCUUAAUUAUAAAUCUAGGGAACUGUUACGGAAAUUUAGAAAAACCUACCAAUUUGCAUACAAUGACCAAAAAGUUUAAGCUUACUUUUUCUAGCCUAUUAAAUAGAAAUCAAAGUUAAUUUCAAUCACAAUGAGAUGUCUGUAAAUAUUGUGCAGAGAAAUGGAAACAGAACUAUUCAGAUAGCUUCCACAAAGUUGCUCGAUGUCUGGAGGAUCCCAAUAGUUACAGCUUUAGUCAAUUGUAUGGUUUAGUGCAUAUGUUGUAAUUUGAGGCAUCAUUACUUG